UCCCCAUCCUCCCCCCUCCCGUGACCAACAACCAUCCCCUCCCUUGUUCUCUGCUCUGUUUACGCCACUGUGGCCAACAACAACUGGAUCCUUUAGUUGAUCACCAUCUAUUUACUCUACAAACACACAUUUCUCCCUCCGUCCGUCCCUUCAGCAUCAUGCGGGUGCUACUGGAGAGCAGCUGGAUGAGGUUUGGACCAGCAGGCAGAGGGUCGUACGACUGGGUGACAGGAUCACCUUCGACACAGGACAAGCAGGGCUACAACUGGAAUGAGUUGGAGCUGGGAGAGGACAGGAAGUCGGAGCUGGUGGUCUACGUUGUCCUCCCGGUCGUCUCCGUCCUCCUGCUGGCUCUCCUGGUCGGUUUGAUCUACCGCCGGUGUUCCCGCAGCAAACUGAGCCUGGCCAACAUCAUCGCUCUGGACCUCCAGGACGCAGAGAGCAGCGCCGAGUUCCUCUCCUCCCUGACCAGGAACGCAGAGCGCCACACCAGCACCAGCUCCGAUGGAUCGGACGGGGUCUUCGUCAUGGUCUACCUGCCCCCGCCCUACGAGGAAACGCUCACCAAGAUCACCCGGGCCGCCAGCCUCUCCAGCUCCAAAGACGCAGAGUCGAUUAAGAUAGAAGACCUGGAGGCCAAACUGUGUCCGGAGCUCAAAGCCAGUGGCCGUUAUGUGUGAUAAAGCAUUAAUGCUGCAGUGUAAAUAGACAUUAUAAGUCCAAUAUUUGCUGUUUUUAUAACGUUGUUGUCUGCAAAUCAUACUUAUGUAAUUUGCCACUCAACUCUGCAGCUUUUUAGCCUCUUUUAGCUCAUAGUUUUGGUUUUACAGUACACUUCCUGUAUGGUUCAGCGCUCUCAUCAAGCUCAUUUCCAGCCACAGUUCAGCUGUUUUCAUCAACGACUCUCUGGUAAACUUUAUGCAACACAAACAGCCACAGUUAAGAGACUAGCCAGUGAAAGAAAGUGAAACAUCUAGCAGCUAAAGAGCUAAAGACGAGUCAAUGCUGGACUCAUCAGGGGGACACAAACACAAACUCGCUGUGGGAUGAUAAUGUUGCUCUGUAUCUGUCUGCUGGAUGUGUAAACAGGCAAUUGUUUGUAUGUUGGCUUGUUCUGGAGUUCUUCUUCCAAAAAUCAAUAAAUGCAGUUUUAAAUGA